AUGAGACUGCACGGAUUUUCAAAGUUUCUAGCUCCUAUACUACUGGUUGUGUUAACUGUAGUGAUAGCCGACGACGGAACAUCACACGAUGCGAAUCUCUAUCAGUUUCUCGACUUUACGCGAGUGGAAAACAGCCAGCAGAAGAACGAGAAUCGUCAUUUCAAAUGGUUUGGUAAACUUCGACGAUCGAAUAAGAACCAAAAAUCAGUCGAACAAGUCAGCAGUCAGCCGGAAGAUGAGCAAUACGAGUCAGUCCCCAAACGUCCGCUUUUGCAAGCAGCUUUCAAAAUGGUGCCACUCAGCUUUCAUAAGCCUGGCAAAAAGUCGAAAGAAUCAACCUACAUUGUACUGCCACCACUGCCUUCCGCCAACCAGGCGAAAUCAGUUGGCUCGCAAGGGCCGCAUCAUCCAAUUUACAUAAGUAAGCAAGACACUGCCUUCCACCAACCUGGGCCACCGUAUAGUCAGACCCAAUCAGCCCCAACAGGUCCAGCUCAGAAUCCUCAGCCCAGCCCUUUUCCUCCUCAGCAAACACCCAACUACGACGCUCCCCCAAAUUCCCCAGUGUCACCGAAUGCGGAAAGCGAAUACCAUGAGGAAGCUGUCUCUCCUCCAGCCCACAGUGAUUCUCGCUAUUCGAAAUGGUUUAGAAAAUUGAAGCGAAGAAAGUCAAAUCAGCCCCAACCGGAGAAGCCGCAACACGAGCCGGAAACAUUUCAAGACAAGCCGCCCAAUCAAGCGUCUGGUGCUAUUCCAGAAACCAUCUUUUAUUAUCAAAAUGGGUCUCCCUACAAUAAACCAUCUGCCACCCCAAAUCAACCAGGAAAUGGCCAAUCUCCAACCUUUUUACGUCAGCCCCAAAUUGCAAAUGGCCCAUCACAGCCAGCUCCUGCCAGACCAGCAAACAUCCAACCGCAAUCAGCCCCACCAACGCACCCAGGAGUUUUCAGUUCUCAAAUCAACUUUGAUUCUCGAGAUAAUUUCCCUCAUUCUAUAACUGAAGUCCUAGAACAGCCUCCACCUUCCGGCAACUUGUACUCGAAAUUGAUUAAAAAAAUGAAGCGAAACAAAACUCAAAAACCUGAGCCAGUAAAGGUCGUCAGCCAAGCGGAACCGAUUUUCAGUCCAAUUCAAACAGAAAACAUUCCGCCAUCUGAUCCAGCACCUUACCGACCACUCCAAUCGCCCCCACAGCAGACUCCUCCGAGACCAGCAGCAGCUAACAUCGUAAAACCGCAAUCAACCGCAACAAAUCUGCCGUCAGAUCCAGCACUUUACCGGCGUCCCCAAUUGCCAUCGCAGCUAUCCCCUCCAGGACCAGCCAACAUCGUUAAACCGCAACCAACAGCAUCGCCAGUACCUCACAGCUCGCAUCAUCAGGCUCCUAACAAACCGGCUCGCCCAGAAGCGGCUACUCCUCCGGCAGGCAACUCUCUAACAAAACGUCCUCAGACUGUGACUGUUGAGAAGCAGCCUCUGUUUCCGGAGAGCGAAACUUUCUUUUCGUCAGCCAAUAGGCCCGACUUUGGCCCAACACCGUUUCAAAAGCAAACUGAAAAUAAAGGAACCAACGAAAGUUCCGAUGGAUUCUUCGAAUUCGGCAUUUUCCCAAACGCGAAUGAUUUUUUCGAACAAAAUUUUUCAGGAUAA